UUACGAAUAACAAAAAUACAUGCAGAGACGGUGGUAGACGACAAAGUACUUGUUUUGGAUGCUGGUAGUACAGAGACAAACUGCAAGUAAAAAAUGUCGUGCAUUGAGGGGAAAUGGUUUCGUGAAAUGAACGAAAUGUGGUCUGGAUAUUGUGUGUCUUUGCAAAUAGAACAAAUUUUGCACCAAGAAAAGUCUAAAUUUCAAGAGAUCCUCGUGUUUAAAAGCAAAUCGUUUGGGAAUGUGCUGGUCCUUGACGGUAUUAUUCAGUGUACAGAGAGAGAUGAGCAUGCGUACCAAGAGAUGAUAGCCCACCUACCACUGUCCUGUCAUGAAAACCCUCAGCAGGUGCUUGUUGUGGGGGGAGGAGAUGGAGGCGUGGUCAGGGAGGUCCUGAAAAAUACCAGCGUCCAGAAGGUCAUUCUGUGUGAAAUAGACGAGCGUGUUAUAGAAGUCUGUAAGAAGUACCUUCCCUCCAUGGCGUCCUGUCUCAGUGAUCCUCGUGUGACCGUGUUUGUGGGGGACGGAAUUAAGUACAUGAAGGAACACAAGGGACAGUUUGAUGUCAUCAUCACUGAUGCUCCAGAUCCUAUUGGUGCAGCAGCAGGGCUGUAUGAGGAAUCAUAUUAUGCUAGUAUGAAGGCAGCUCUACGUACCAAUGGAAUCAUCUGCUGUCAAGGUGAGAAUCUGUACCUUGAUCUACCACUGAUUAAGAAGCUGAUGGGAAUCUGUAGACAGACUUUCCAGGCUGUGGGGUAUGCCUACACCCUGAUUCCCACCUACACCGGCGGCCAUAUAGGAUUCGUCCUCUCCAGCACCAGUCCGGAUGUUAAAUUUAAUGAACCAAGAAGGAUUUACAGUGAGAGUGAAAUCAAGAAGAUGAAAAUGAAGUAUUACAACUCAGAAAUUCAUAAGGCGUCAUUUGUGAUUCCACAAUUUGCCAAGGAGGCUCUGGAACAGGUCUCCAAUGGAGUUUCCGACACUUGAUCAACUGUUUUAACCUGAGUUGCCACCGCACUGAUUACUGCGUAAUCUCUAUGACCUUCUUGCACUCUUCCUGCACUCCAGUAAUGAUGUGUGUAGACAGAUGAAUUUCAGUAUACAGCAGUGACGAUCAAGAGUUCAGUCCCUUGGCCAGUUUCCAUGAAUAUUUAGUCUUUUUUUUUAUUCUAUAAGACAGUUUUAAUAUAGAUUUUAUGUUAGUAUACAGUUUGAAUAUACUCAGUCUUUGUAGAAAAUAUGAGCAUUUUUGUAAUAGCAGUAUUCUAUCAUAUUGAUGAUAAAUUUUAAAACUUUUUAAUAUGCUAACAAAAGCUGAACUUAUUAACAAGUUAAGCAAUGGUAUACAUGUAAUAGUUUCAAUUUAAAUGAAUUAAAAUAAUUGAAAGUAUAGCUUCUAAAUGAAGCUUUAUAACUUCUAUUCAGAUGCGUUGGCUUUAACAAAUAUCACCCAUAAAUUG